AGCACAGAGCUCACAGCAACUCUUUUCCCCAAGACUACCAGUCAUCCUCCGAGGACAAAAGCCUGUCUCAACUGGAAAAGAAGGUGUUGGUCUUAUCUUCAGGUUGUGGCCCAUGAUGAGGAUGACUCUGGGUAUGAUGCUGCUCCUGCUAAUGCAAACGUUUUUAGGAUGGACAGGAACUGCCGCAGCAAAUACACCUACUCCACCUCCACCAAAUCCUCCAGUGAGGCUGGUCGGCUCCACCAACUCCUGCUCCGGCAGAGUGGAGAUCUUUCACAACGGCACGUGGGGAACAGUGUGUGACGACAGCUGGGAUCUGAACGAUGCUCACGUGGUUUGUGGACAGCUGGGUUGUGGCCGGGCUGUAGAAGCAAAACAUAACUCACAUUUUGGACAGGGAACUGGACCCAUUUGGUUGGAUGAUCUUCGGUGUUCAGGGAACGAGACAUCACUUAAGGACUGUGUUCAUUCGGGAAUAGGAUCCCACAACUGUCGUCACCACGAAGAUGCUGGCGUCAUUUGUGAAGCAGGAUCUGCGAUAACAAUUAAACCAACUCCACCUCCACCAAAUCCUCCAGUGAGGCUGGUCGGCUCCACCAACUCCUGCUCCGGCAGAGUGGAGAUCUUUCACAACGGCACGUGGGGAACAGUGUGUGACGACAGCUGGGAUCUGAACGAUGCUCACGUGGUUUGUGGACAGCUGGGUUGUGGCCGGGCUGUAGAAUCAAAACAUAACGCACAUUUUGGACAGGGAACUGGACCCAUUUGGUUAGAUGAUCUACGGUGUUCAGGGAACGAGACAUCACUUAAGGACUGUGUUCAUUCAGGAAUAGGAUCCCACAACUGUCGUCACCACGAAGAUGCUGGCGUCAUUUGUGAAGCAGGAUCUGCGAUAACAAUUAAACCAAGUCCACCUCCACCAAAUCCUCCAGUGAGGCUGGUCGGCUCCACCAACUCCUGCUCCGGCAGAGUGGAGAUCUUUCACAACGGCACGUGGGGAACAGUGUGUGACGACAGCUGGGAUCUGAACGAUGCUCACGUGGUUUGUGGACAGCUGGGUUGUGGCCGGGCUGUAGAAGCAAAACAUAACUCACAUUUUGGACAGGGAACUGGACCCAUUUGGUUAGAUGAUCUACGGUGUUCAGGGAACGAGACAUCACUUAAGGACUGUGUUCAUUCAGGAAUAGGAUCCCACAACUGUCGUCACCACGAAGAUGCUGGCGUCAUUUGUGAAGCAGGAUCUGCGAUAACAAUUAAACCUACUCCACCUCCACCAAAUCCUCCAGUGAGGCUGGUCGGCUCCACCAACUCCUGCUCCGGCAGAGUGGAGAUCUUUCACAACGGCACGUGGGGAACAGUGUGUGACGACAGCUGGGAUCUGAACGAUGCUCACGUGGUUUGUGGACAGCUGGGUUGUGGCCGGGCUGUAGAAGCAAAACAUAACUCACAUUUUGGACAGGGAACUGGACCCAUUUGGUUAGAUGAUCUACGGUGUUCAGGGAACGAGACAUCACUUAAGGACUGUGUUCAUUCAGGAAUAGGAUCCCACAACUGUCGUCACCACGAAGAUGCUGGCGUCAUUUGUGAAGAAGGAUCUGCGAUAACAAUUAAACCAACUCCACCUCCACCAAAUCCUCCAGUGAGGCUGGUCAGCUCCACCAACUCCUGCUCCGGCAGAGUGGAGAUCUUUCACAAUGGCACGUGGGGAACAGUGUGUGACGACAGCUGGGAUCUGAACGAUGCUCAGGUGGUUUGUGGACAGCUGGGUUGUGGCCGGGCUGUAGAAUCAAAACAUAACGCACAUUUUGGACAGGGAACUGGACCCAUUUGGUUAGAUGAUCUACGGUGUUCAGGGAACGAGACAUCACUUAAGGACUGUGUUCAUUCGGGAAUAGGAUCCCACAACUGUCGUCACCGCGAAGAUGCUGGCGUCAUUUGUGAAGCAGGAUCUGCGAUAACAAUUAAACCAACUCCACCUCCACCAAAUCCUCCAGUGAGGCUGGUCGGCUCCACCAACUCCUGCUCCGGCAGAGUGGAGAUCUUUCACAACGGCACGUGGGGAACAGUGUGUGACGACAGCUGGGAUCUGAACGAUGCUCACGUGGUUUGUGGACAGCUGGGUUGUGGCCGGGCUGUAGAAGCAAAACAUAACUCACAUUUUGGACAGGGAACUGGACCCAUUUGGUUAGAUGAUCUACGGUGUUCAGGGAACGAGACAUCACUUAAGGACUGUGUUCAUUCAGGAAUAGGAUCCCACAACUGUCGUCACCACGAAGAUGCUGGCGUCAUUUGUGAAGCAGGAUCUGCGAUAACAAUUAAACCAACUCCACCUCCACCAAAUCCUCCAGUGAGGCUGGUCGGCUCCACCAACUCCUGCUCCGGCAGAGUGGAGAUCUUUCACAACGGCACGUGGGGAACAGUGUGUGACGACAGCUGGGAUCUGAACGAUGCUCACGUGGUUUGUGGACAGCUGGGUUGUGGCCGGGCUGUAGAAUCAAAACAUAACGCACAUUUUGGACAGGGAACUGGACCCAUUUGGUUAGAUGAUCUACGGUGUUCAGGGAACGAGACAUCACUUAAGGACUGUGUUCAUUCAGGAAUAGGAUCCCACAACUGUCGUCACCACGAAGAUGCUGGCGUCAUUUGUGAAGAAAGACCGCCUCUCCUCCAGACUGCCCAUCUUGUUUGUUCCAGAUACCAGAUCAAAGUUGGUUUGAGAUUGAUAAGUCUGCAGGCAGCUGGUCUGCAACCUUUCUCUGGUCACAUGGCCGUCCCUUUCUGUUCUGGAUACUUUGUGCGUGACUCCACUAUUUGGUAUCAAGUGCCACGUCAGACUGGCCAAUGUGGAACUGUAAUGAGGACCAACACCACCCAUGCCAUCUAUUCCAAUAACUUGUUUUUCGACCCUCCAAGUAACGGUUACCUGGUUCUACCUCAGAUUAUUCCGUUCUCCUGUGCAUAUCCCUUAGAAACCAAUAUCAGCCUGAAUGCUGCAAUCCGACCACUGCUCAAUGGAGGUGGCCUCAUUGGGUCAGGAAACAGAGCCACAGCCUACAUGGCGCUUUUCCACGACUCAAACUUUUCAUACAGAUACCAUUCGGGCCUGGUCACUCUGCCGAUGGGCUCUCCUUUGUAUGUGCAAGUGUUUGUUUCUGAGAAUGAUCCAAACUUUGCUGUUGUUCUGGAGGACUGCUAUACUACUAACUCCUCAAAUCCUCAAGACCACAUGCGAUACUAUCUCAUUCAUUCCAGGUGUCCCACUGACCUUCGCCAUGUGUCAGUGAUUGAGAACGGUCAGUCUCUUCGUGCCCGUUUCUCUGCCCUGCUCUUCCCUCUCCACGGUGGAAAUCCAUACGUCUUCCUUCACUGCACCCUACGUCUGUGUGACAAGAGGACCCAAAACUGUGUUCCCCACUGCAGAAGGACAUAUCGCUCUGUUGACAGCCAAGAUCAGCUCCAUCCCGUCACCAUUGGACCAAUCACGUUUGAGUAAUAAAUACAACUUGGUAACGUGGAAGAUAUAAACUGAAGUUACAUUUCCUUUUUCCUUUUAAUUUUGGCACUUAGGUGAUAACUGUAAAAUGUUAAUUGAGGGAGUCGAUAACCACAAUUUGAUGAUGUAUUUAUUCCGAUGUAUGAUUCCAAUCUUAUUUAAUCUCAUGUUGAAGUAUUUUGUACUGAUUAUAUUAUCAAUAGUUGUAAGCCCUGCUUUUGAUUUAUUCAUUUGUUCAUAGAGGAUAAUCUUUGUACCAUGACUAGCCGUCUGUCUUUCUGCUCGUAAUGUGUUUCCUGCCAAAUCAUUUUAAGACUUUUGCAGUUUUACAACAAUAUAAUCUUUUUACUUCGAUCACGAGUGUGUAUGUGAUAUAAUAAAUGUAUUCUAAUGACCUGAGUGUUAAGGUAACUCAUCUACGACACACCCUCUGAUGUCCUACCUGUCACUGCAUUGUGUAGGCUAUGAUUAAAGAUGGUUCUGU